UGUGAAAAUAAAUGAUGUUUUAGUUUGUUGUUCAACUGCUGUGUUUCUCCCGGAUUUAUUUUGGUGGCACACUGAGGGCUUCCCAGCUGGUUCCUUCAGUUUUCAAGCUGCCUUAUUUAUGCACAUUAAAUUUAAGGAAAGACAAAAUGACUCAGAAUCAUGUUUCGGGUAUGGAGGCGUCCGCCGUUUCUGUCUUGAAGCGGGCGGUGGAUCUGGACCAGAACGGCCGCUUCCAAGAGUCUCUGGUCUGUUACCAGGAAGGCAUCCAGCUUCUAAUGGACGUACUUAAAGCGGUAAGGGACGAGUCCAAGCGAGGACAUUACAGGGAGAGGAUCAAAGGCUACAUGGACAGAGCGGAGCAGAUCAAAGCCCACGUUAACCAGGUGAAAGAAGAUGGGAAAUACCACGAAGAAAUAAAAAUAGCCGAGGAUGCCACUGGGUACAGCUAUGAGGUUCUUUUCAAGCCGUACAUCAGCAGCACUCUUACAGAGGUCUGGGUGGAGGAUCCUUACAUCCGGCACACUCAUCAAUUGUACAACUUCCUGCGCUUCUGUGAGAUGCUGCUGAAAGCCCCCUGCAAGGUGAAACAGAUCAACCUCCUCACGUCAGAAGAUGAAGCCAACAGCAGCCAGCAGAGGAGUGCUCUGGCUGAGAUGAAGGACAGCCUCAAGACUCAGGGAGUCACUCUGGAUCUGCAGUACUCCUCCACCAUCCAUGACCGGGAGAUCAGGUUUGACAAUGGCUGGAUCAUUAAAAUUGGAAGAGGACUGGAUUACUUUAAGAGACCUAAGGGAAGAUUCUCUGUGGGGUAUUGUGACUACGACCUCAGGCAGUGCCAGGAGACCACCGUAGACAUUUUCCACACCAAGCACACCAAAUCUCUAUGAAACUUUUAAAGCUGUUUUUCAAACUUUUAUAUUUACUGAAAUUAUGUCUAAAGUGCAGAAAUGCACAUUUCUAACAGUGCCUUCACUUCAUUUGCAAGCCUUGAUUUAUAAUCAGCUUUUACUUUGGGUGAAACUUUAACCGUGACAUUACAUUUUUUAAUACUUUUGUAUCUUUGAGGGUUCUCCUGUUUCUUUUUGCACUUCUGAUGUUAUUUGAUUAUGUUUAUUUGCAAAAUGGCACUUUUGGAGGUUCAAGUUGUUUUGGAAUUAGGUGGUGUAAAACAACUGAAGCUCUUUUUGUAAAAAAAAAAAAAAUAAACUGCUAAAGACUUUUUUAAUCCCACCAACAUUCUUUUGUCAAUUUUUGCACCAUCUCUUAACUUUACAGUCAAAAUAAAUCCUGUUUAUAGACUUAUGAAAAAGUAAAGUAUUUAAAAGAAGAAAUAAGUCCCACCAAAUCUUAGGUUUUCUAUAUAACUACUGUAUUAUUUUACAUUACUCUAUUCUUUAAGCAGUCUAACUGCACUGUAGCAUCUAUUUUUCCACAAAUCAUUUUAUAAACGUAUUAUAAUAAAUAUUAUAAAAAAUCUUUGAUAAAAUGUUGUCUCUCUUAGAAAACUCAGAAUAAGCAAAACAAACUAUAUUAUGUAUUAUGCAUACAUUUUUUCUUAUUUUUUUUUUCAUUUCUUUCAUUCCAGAGCAUAUUUAGCAUUUCUGAAUACUUGAUAUGCUCACUCUCAAAUUCUUUCACUUUGAUGGUGGAAAUAAAAACCUUAAAUUUACAAUAAGCCACAAUACCUCACACCUAAGUCUAUAAAAAUACAUCUUUUCUCAAUUUAUUGAAUAUGGUAGAAUUUACAAACUCCAGAUUAGGAUUUUUCUAUAAAUUUCUUGGAAGGUCCAUUAAUAUAGGUCUUUGGAAGCCAUAAAAACAUUAAAUACAUCACUUUUAAUCUUUUUUUUUUCUGCUUUUGUGCAUAAAGAGUUAACACUGUUUUGGUUUAAGCUUUAUGAGAUGUGGCUUAAUCAGUAACUUCUUGGUAUUUAAGGAAAGUUGAGUCAGACAUUUAGUCAGCAACAAACAGAAAAACCUAUAAAAAUAAAAACAAAAAAA